AUCGUUGGCAGCACCGUAGCCGCUGUGCUUCUCAUAAUUUUGCUCAUUCUUUUCUGCAUCUACCGACUGCGCAAGAAGGAUGAGGGUUCCUACGCACUCGACGAGUCUAAGAAGAUUCCCUCAACCUCAGCAUAUGCGCGUGCACCUUCUCGCGAAUUCUAUGCUUAA